AUGCCACAACGGCAACCAGUCGUGGCGUGCGUCGACGCGUCGACGUCUUCAGCCGAGGCGACCGCUCUCUUCAUCGACAAGUUAGCCCUCGUGCUAGUGCGCGAUCGCAAGCAGCUCGUCGCGCGCUCGCGAGGCAAAACCGCGUUCUUUACGCCGGGAGGCAAGCGCGAGGCCGGCGAGAGCGACGAGGCAGCGCUGAGGCGAGAGUGCCGUGAGGAGCUGAGCGUCGAGCUGAUCGACGGCACCAUCGAGCCGUACGGCGUAUUUCAGGCGCAGGCCCACGGCAAGCCGGAAGGCACGAUGGUGAGGAUGACAUGCUUCACGGCCGAGUAUGAUGGAACGCUGGCUGCGAACGAUGAGGUGGAGGAGCUGCGCUGGAUCGCCUCGGACUGCCCACGCGCCGACCUCUCGGUGACCAGCCUGAUGAUCCUCGAUGACCUCAAGGCGAAGGACCUGAUCGACUGAGCUGCGAGCGGGUUCUUUACCACGGUUGCAAUCUCGUAGUUCCUCACUCGGCUGUGCACGUUGCUGGUCUCAGGCCUGUAGAAAGCCGAUGCAUGCUGUUUGGGUACGUCGUUCGCAUGUCCCAUUGUCUUGGCGAGGUAUCUCCAGCCUGCUGUGGGAACUGUGCGCUCGCUGUCUCGUCGAUGCGAGGCCUCGCCCCAGAGCAAGCAGCAUCUCGGCACUCGGGUUCCCUCGCCCCCCGGCAGGGCGCACCCGUGUCUCGUGAGGCGUGAGCUUGUAGGUCGCCCAUCCUUGGGCGUCUGCCUCUUCCUAUCCCACGGUUUUCUUUUAAAAAAGAAAAA